GAUCCUCUUGAGUUUAUAUAUAGCUCCAAAAACUUCACAAACUAAACACACCAAGAGCAAUGGCACACAAUGGCUUGUUGCAAAGUGAUGAGCUAUACAAGUACAUCCUGGAGACUAAUGUCUACCCUCAGGAACCCGAACCGUUGAAGGAGAUCAGAGCGCUUACCGCUUCACAUCAGUUGUCUUUUAUGGGUACUUCACCAGAUGCUGGCCAGAUGAUUGAGAUGUUGUUGAAGCUCACCGGUGCGAAAAAGACCUUAGAGGUUGGGGUUUAUACGGGUUACUCGUUGCUACUAACCGCGCUUACAAUUCCUGAAGAUGGAAAGACUGUAGCGAUAGAUGUAAAUCGAGAGUUUUAUGAAAUCGGUAAGCCGCUUAUAGACAAAGCCGGGGUCGAACACAAGAUCAACUUUAUCGAAUCAGAGGCCCUUCCGGCUCUUGAUAAACUCCUCGAAGAUCCUGCUAGCAAAGGAAGCUUCGACUUUGUUUUCAUUGAUGCGGACAAAAUAAACUAUCUUAACUAUCACGAGAAAGUGAUCAACCUUGUGAAGGUGAACGGGAUCAUUGUGUAUGACAACACGCUCUGGUAUGGAUCUGUUGCCAAGUCUGAGGAUUUGGUUCCCGAAACAUUAAAAGAAGGGCGAACUAGUGUUUUAAAGUUUAACAAAGCACUUGCAAUGGACUCUCGUGUGAAAGUCUCUAUGGCUCCGUUAGGUGAUGGCAUCACCAUUUGCCGGCGUGUCUAUUAGUUAUUGUGUCGUGUCUUUCAUGUAUCAAUUCAUUGAUGUUACUCUGAUGUCGUUGUAUACCUAUUAAACGGAAUAAUAAGUAACACACUAUUAAACGGUAUCACGCUAAAUGAGUCAAACGUUAGGUCAAUAUUCCUAGCUUUUCUAUAAGGCGUGUCAUGUGUGGUCUGACAUUGCUAAAGUCAGAAAAUACACUACCAAAAACUGGACAAUUUUCGACUAUGAUUUUCCGACAAAUCA